CGUUCCGUACCUGGAAGCUGACUUGAAUUUGAUUGGUGGAGGCGCGCCCUGCACCUGUGACUGCUGUUUGUGAGACAGACAGACUGUGGUAGUCUGCAGAAGCACGAGGCUAGAUCGGAGUAAGGAUUUAUUUGACAGCUACAUUUUAAAAGCACGAUCCGAGUGGCCAACAACGGGAUCCUUCAACACAUCAUCUUUGGAUUUGAGGGAUACAGAUGGAGGGAGUGCUGAUUUUAAAAUCUGCUCCUCCUCCCAGCUGUUCCGCUCACAACUCCUCUCCUCCUUUCUCACCGGUUGUGCAGGAAGAUUCAGAUCUCCAAUCAUCUUCCUCUGUGCCUCCCCCCAUGCAUGUUACCACUGUAACACCACCGCCUCCCCCCCCUCCUCCUCCUCCUCCUCCUCCCCCUCCUCCUCCUCUUCCUCUUUUUUCUCCCCCUCCUUUUGGCUCUCGUAAUGUCCAGCGACGUUCCAUGAAAAAGCUGAACUGGGACACCAUCCCCAGCCAGCGUGUCCUGGGCAAAUUGAAUGUCUGGACAUCUAAGCGGCCUCAGAGGGACCUUGUGCUGGAUAUUCGGAGCAUGGAGGAGUUGUUUAGUCAUGUAGACAAACACGCCUCGCUACGCAGUUCAAGAGUCAUGGGUCUGAAGAACUGCGAUGGCAUGGAUCUCUUUUUACAGGAGCCUCAGGUCAAAAUCCUUGACUCUAAAAAGAGUAUGAAUAUCGGGAUCUUCCUAAGACAUUUCAAGCGACCAGUGACAGAAAUGGUCCAGGACAUCUGUACGGGGAACUGGCUCAGUUUUGGAACAGGCAAACUGAAAGAGCUUUGUAAACUGUUGCCAGAAGAAAGUGAGGUGAAGCAGCUGCUGUCAUUUACUGGGAAACUCUCCGUGUUACCUGAGGCAGACCAGUUCAUGGUGCAGCUGGUCAAAGUGCCAGGCUAUGAGGAACGCCUGAAAACGAUGGUGCUGAGGGAGGAAUUCUUUCCUCUUAUGGAGGAGCUGAAGAAUUCAGUCGCUGUUAUGACCAAAGGAGCCAAUGAGCUGUUGGACUGUGAUGAACUCCACUCAGUCAUUCGGCUGGUAUUAAAAGCUGGGAAUUACAUGAACGCUGGUGGUUACAGUGCCAAUGCCAUUGGAUUCAGGAUGACCUCUCUGCUCAAGCUGGCAGACACCAAAGCCAACAAGCCUGGCAUGAACCUCAUGCACUAUGUUGCCAAGCAAGCAGAGGACAUUGAUGCAGAGUUGCUGACUUUUCCCACCCAGCUUAAACACAUUGGGAUAGCAUCAAGAAUUUGUAAAGAAGAGAUAAUCACUGACUUUGAGGGGGAAGUACAGAAGAUCAAGGAAGUGAAACUGUACAGCAGCAGACAGCCGGAUCUCAUACAACAAAUGGAGACAUUUCUCAUGAGGGCUGAGGCCAAGCUGUCCGAUUUGGAGUCCUCUCUCCAGGAGCUAAAAGGUCUGAGUGAUGCUGUCGCUGAGUACUUCUGUGAAGACCCAGCUACCUUCAAACUGGAGGAGUGCUGCUCCAUCUUUCAUUCAUUUUGCAAGCGGUUUGACACAGCUGUACGGGAGAACAGAGAGCGAGAAGCAGCAGAGCAGAGGCGCAAGCGGAGGGAGAGCGUGCAUGUUGCAGUCAAACGUCGCUCCACAAUGUCUUGCCCAGGACAUGAGCCUGAUCGGGGCUCUCCCAGCUUGGAGUCGGCCUUACACAGCUUUCUCACCACCGUUCCAGGGGGAGUAGCCAGAUGCAGGAAGAACAUUUUGCCCCCAAUCAAUGGAUCCCCAUCUGAGCACAGUUCUCAGACUGUUCCAUCAGCAGAAAACACUUUGUCUACGCUCCAUACUCGACAAAAAAGGCCUGAGAAGAAACAACCCAAACUGCAGAAAGAGGACGAACAACUGGCAAACAGAGAAGAAGCUGAGAAGAUGCGUGAGAUAACUCGGAAGGUGCUUCGCUACCAAAACAGCAAAAGCAACUUCCUUGGGGACAGAGUUUCAGGCAUUCCUCGUCAGUUGGAAAGAGUGCAAGCCACACCAGCUACCCCAAGAACCCCUCGGCCUAGAACCAGAGACUUCUUCUUUGCCAACAAUGGGGAUGUUGGCUCCCCGUGGACUAUCCUGAGCCCUAUUACUUACUCCCAACAAACCCCCCUCCAGCAAAACAGACAAGCACACCGACGCAGACUGUCCUCAAUGUCCGGUGGAGAUGACCUUGAUGAUGGAGUCUGGGAGAGCAACAAAAGCAAUUCUCCCCCCAAUUCGUCCAAAGGGGCCGGUCUGACAUCUCAAUGUGGAGCUUCUGCGUCUCUUCCUGAGUGCCCCAAUCAGAGAGCUGUGUCGCAAGGUCCAAUGCUCAGGUCGGUUUCUAUGGAGGACACCAGACCAUCUCCAGCAUCUCUCUUCCGUCUGGGAGACUUGUUCCAGAGAAGCAUGUCUCAGAGGUCAUCCUCCUCUGGAUCAAGGACAGAAAAUAUGACAGAAGAAGGAGCAGGAGAGGGACAAGUGAGCACCUCAGGGUUCAUAUCCUUCUUCAAACGCAUUGGAGGCAAGAGUAAGCCUGGUGAUGUGGAAGAACAAAACUUCAAAGGAUCUAAUACUUGAUUAAAUUAAUUUUAAAUUAUUUUAUUUUAUUUAAGAGACAAAGACCAAGCUUUGUCAUUUUUCUGUGUUUUGAAUUGAUAAAAUGUGUUGUCUUUUUUUACUUUCUUUUUUUACCCUUCAGUGGAACCAAGGCAAAUGAGGACUUGCUUGUGGACUGUGAAGGUUUUGAUGUGGGAGUCAAACCACAUUUAAAAAAUCGUAACAUCUUUCUUUCUUUUUUUGUCUUUUUGCACAAUAAAGGGUGACAUUGUACCUUUUUUA